CUCUUUGCUGAAAUAUUGUCUUGGGCACUCAUUUUCCACCCUCACCGGCAUUGUAGGGUAACGUCAGGCUAGCUGAACUGGAGCAAGACUGAGGCGGGGAACCUUGCCCGGCCCGCCGUCCUGCGGGAGUGACGUCGUCAAAAGGCCCGUUAAAGGCGGGAGAGUCGCAUCCCCAGAUCAGGUGGUUGCCAUCUGCAGGUCCAACAAGGCAGGUUUGGGGAAGAGCCCCGGCCAGAAACUCCAGGUGGGUGAUCAGAUCAUAAGCAUGUGCUUCUUUUUGAUAUGCUCCCGCGUAUAUGACCAUGUCCAAUGGUCCGCGUAUCGUGGGGGACCAAGGUGAGCCAGAGACGAUUCAGAUUGUUCGGAUGGUGCGCGAUGCAACGUCGAGGCGGAUUAAUCCGUCGAGCGAGUGAAUUAUCCCGAAGCAGUCGGCUGUGGUAAGCGAUGCUUGGCCAGGUAGGUCUGUGUGUCUGAGGGUCCGCAUGACUUGGUCUGUUUUCUUUGGGAUGUUUUGGCGUGGUUUGGGGUGAAGAUGUGUGAAGAUGCUCCCAAGAACACGGGGCGCAGAAUGGCAGGUGUUCUUCCUGUCCUUUUCUCUGCAAGCGAUGUCUUCGGCAGGGUCUUGGCUCUUGCCGGAAACUUUUCUAGAAGAUGGAACUAUUCCUCACAGGAACUCGUAAAACAAGAGCCAACAACUCUCGCUGCAUCUCCUUCUCUUGUCUUUGUUUUGGCAGUUGUCUUUUGGAAAGCACCUCGUCGUCUGUUAUCGCCUCGCCGGAGUCGCCAACCAUCCCAUGUAACGCAAGACGGACGGUCUGUGCGGCAACAAGGCCUGGGCUCAGCGAGCCGUCGCCGUUUAAGCGCCCUAUCGGUUCCUGAAUAUCUUCAGUGCGCACGGUCGCCAUGACGCUAUUCAGGGCAUGAAACCACACGGGGAGCAUGGCGCAGCCCGCAUAUCGCGUGCAGGUGGACGCGGGUACGCAGAAAUUAAUUUGUUCUUCAACCAUUCUUCUUGCCUUCCAGUUCCUUGGCGAUUUCCAUUCCCGCGGCCAGUCCUCAAUGCUAACCUGGGUCGCAGCGUAACAUGUUCCCGAUCAUGGCUCAUUCGUGGUUCACGGCAUCUCGCCUGUUUUCCUCCAUGAUCGCCGUCGAAUAUUGCUUCAUGGAACAUGUGUAUGGAUAUUCUGGAGAAAACUAUCAGUACUAUCGAUUACAAAUCCUCUUGUUCUCCGCUUGCCAUAUCGUGAUUUGGUAGGGGGCUCACCUGGAUGGGAAGUUCCACGGUUCAAACGGCCAUCUCCCCACCACCGAUUCUAGCCUGUAGCCGGCGUUGCCCUCCCUUUUCGGUGAGCACGGCGGGGCAGAGAGACGGAUAUUGAUCACCACCGUUCCUGAACUUAUCGCUAGUCUUACUCGGCUAUCUUGUGCUUAUUCUAACCCCCUUGCGUGAUGCGAACCCUUGUGGGGGGCAAUGAGACAUCCCCCCCUUCUCAGGAUGUAUUCCCCCUGCCCAGGAGGGCUGGCAUUGUUGUUGUAUGAAUAGUAUAUAACAGCAGGGCGCAUCGUGGUAUUACCCCAGAUAUUCGUCCCAACCAUCCCAGGCCUCUGUCUCUCUUUUGUAUUCUUGGCCCUAUCAACCUUCCUUUAGAUUCCAAGCAUCAUGAAGGCCUCCCUGUUUACCAGCCUAUCCGUGGCUGCCCUUGCCCUUGCGGUGCCCCAGAAGCGGAGUGUUCCCACCGCUGCUGAGCUGGCUAGGUUCAAAGUCUUUGCCGAGUAUCAGGCUGCUGCGUUUUGCAUGACCGAGGGCCAGCCUGCCGGCACCCAGGUCGCCUGUCUUGAGGGCCAGUGCAACACCCUGACAUCGCGCAACGUUACCGUCCACUCACCUUCCUUCACCGGCACCAUCUUGGAUACUCGAGGCUUUGUCUCUGUUGACCCCGUAGCCAAGGAGAUUGUCUUGACCUUCAGGGGCACCGUUUCCAUCAGAAACUGGGUGGCAGAUUUCAUCUUUGUCCAAGUCCCUUGCGACUACGCCUUUGGCUGCCUCGUCCACACCGGCUUCCUCGCCUCCUGGGCCGAAGUCAAGAGCCGUGCCAUGGCCGCCGUCACCGCCGCCAGACAGGCCCACCCGACCUUCAAGGUCACCGUCACCGGUUACUCCCUCGGCGCCGCCGUCGGCACCAUCGCCGCUGCCGACAUCCGCAGGAGCCUCAAGAUCCCCGUUGAUCUCAUCACCUUUGGCUCUCCCCGCGUGGGAAACAAUGCGUUUGCCAAGUUCGUCACUGCUGGGGCUGGUAGCGAGUACCGCCUCACCCACGCCAACGACCCGAUUGCCCGUCUCCCGCCCAUCAUCUUCAACUACAGACACACCAGCCCUGAGUACUGGUUUGAUGAGGGAGCCGAUGGUGUUGUGACUCUCGAUGAGGUCCAGGUUUGCGAGGGGCAUGCCAACAUCCAGUGCAAUGGUGGGACGGGAGACUUCAACAUGGAUGUGCAUGGCUGGUAUUUCCAGAGGUUCACCGGCUGUGCGCCCACGGAACAGCCUUUCAAGGCCCGUAGCACGCCCAUCAGUGAUGCGGAGCUUGCGAAGAUUGUGAACGAGUGGGUGAAGGAGGACAAGGUGUUGGCCAAGAACUUGGAGCUGAGUGGUGAGGCGUAAAUAUCUGGUGGCGAGGGAGUGCGUGUAUAAUACCCUAUGGUCUUGGAUAUGAAUCAUGAUAAUAUUGGAAGAUUUGCAGUCUCGGGGAA